CAGCCAGAUACAUUGAUGUCUUUGUUAAUAAAUUAGACGAAAGUGUUACACCGCGGACAGUUGUGACUCAGACAAUUGGCAGUAAGCGCUGCAUUACUAUUUUGGAAAUUAAGUUACAAAAGAUUCGGAGAUGAAGAUCUUAAAUGGACUUGUGUCCAUGUUAUGCCUGGUGGGGCAUGUAAUGAGUCAAGACAGUUUUGACAGCUAUGAUCUCCUUGGCAGUGAAUAUACUGAUGAAGGUAGAUUUUAUCGCAGUCAAUUUGACAGAGGAUCCGGUGGUUCUCGUGAUUCACUGCGUGGUGGCAGAAGCAGAACAGCUGAGUUUUUCAACACCAACCUUCAGUUAGACAAUGUUGCGCCCUUUAGAGGCGGGUCAACAAGGUCACGUGGUUUUAGUGGAUCAACAGCUCCGCGAGGUUUUGGUGGAUCUUCAGUUACCCGAGGUUUUAGUGGAUCAACGGCUUCACGAGGUUUUGGCGGUUCAUCCUCUUUUUCUAUGCCGCGAGGUGGUCAAGGUAUCCAAGAGGACCCAUCCUUUGUUAGACAGAUUUUAGGAAGUACAGUUGCAGGGCGUGAAAUGCGCAUGGGCGAACGCGGUUUGCCUCGUCACGGCGGUGCCGGCAUUGGUGAAGAGUACUCUGACGGAAGAAAUAACGGUUGGGAUGGAAAUCCACAAACUCUUACCACCCAGUACCAGGGUGGUUGGUCCGAUCCUUUCCAGGGCCGCCCUAUCCCCCAAGUCCCUGUAGGCUUUAGCGGAGACUUUGGCUCAAUAAGAGGAAUGUUCGGCAGCGCGGGAUUACCCCCAUUUCGUGUGCCUUCGCAGUUUUUGUAAUAAGACAGAUGUCAGUCACCGUCACCAAGCUAGUCCCUGGUCUUUGAGAGUGAAAUAACAAAAAUAGUGACAAUGAAGCUAGAGCAGACACAUCAGCGUAUUAGAUUCCAACCGGUUCCAAAAUAGAUUUUUAUAUAAAUUUCAUGCGGCUUGUGGAGAAUAGUUUAGAAUAUUUUAUGUGACAUAUAUGGAGAAAAGAGAAGAAAAUAAUGGGACGAGAAAAGAAUUCAAUUAAUUUUGGUCAUUUCGUGAAUAUUCUAAUAAAAUUUAAUAGGGCAUUGGAUUGCGUAACUAUAUGCUUUGUAUUUAUCUUUGGUAUUUGUCAAGCUGGAAAAGACACAUGUUAGGAAUGAUUUCAAAUACCAAGAUUCCAUAGAUAAGUGAUAUAAACAGGCUUUUUACUUUUUAUAAAAUCUUGUUUUUUUUUACACAUUUGAUAAUCGAUAUAUAUGUUAAUUAUUAUAUUUUAUUGUUUUAUACAUAUAAGUUAUAAUAAAUAUAAAGAUGUU